UCUUAAAAGAAAAACAGAUGAAAAGCUAAGUUGUUCGGGACUCUUCAAAAUAUUAUCGUACUCAUAUUACAUUGAAGAUCCAAUAUGUGUACAUCGUUAUUUUUUUAAAAGUCCGAGCAACAUAGGAUGACAGUAAAAGGUCAGAAGAAACAGAACCAGAUCAGUAUUAAAUUCAAACUAAGUUGAAAGGGUUUUGAUAUUUCUUGGUGGUCCAUUAACAUGAUACAGGAACAGAACAGAACAAAUUUGAGGAAGGUAUUGCUUUAAUUAAUGGCAGAGCUGUUCAGGGACACUUUUCUUUCUAGUCCUUUUUUAAUACUGCCAUUUCAAGAUUUCAUAUCAUAUCAAGAACCAGUUUCCCACAGCUUCUACCUCUACCAGAAAAAAUAAAGUCCUAUACAUACAGAAUACUACAAAAGAAAAAGGUUAAACACUCACCCCCAUUCCCCCACCACCACCCUACCCCUCCACCCCAAUGUAGCUCAUUUUUGUAGUAUAAAGUUGGACUAAAAGGCAUUUUUCUUGGGCUUUGUUCACCGUCACACAAACACAAACAUGACCUAAAAAUUGUUAAAAACAACUCCCUAUUAGACCAUUCUUCCCCUUUUCCCUCCACUUUUGCCUUUUUCACCUUUCCCAUUUCUCCUCUUUCCCUUUCUUUCCAUCACAAAAACUCAAUCAAAUUAUUUUCUUUUCUAGCUCAUUUUUUUCCCUCUUUCUCACUCUUCUUGAACCAUUUUGCAUUUUACACCUUCCAAGAUUGCAACUUUAUUGCUUAAUAUCCAAAUGUAACUAUCUUUUCCCUCAAAAUUUCAAGAAAGUUGGAAUUUUUCCAUUGUGGGUAUUCUUCAAAAUGUCUUCUACACCAGCUGAAUAUCCUCAACAGCUACCACCACCCAUGUUUAUGGGUCAACAAGCUUAUUCAGGUCGUCCGGGUCACGGGUCAAUUGGACCCGUAAUAGCUGUACUUGCUGUAAUAGCUGUGUUGGGUGCCAUAGCUGUAAUGAUAGGCAGAUUAUGUUCGGGUCGGAGAAUAAUGGGUCAUGGUCAGUAUGAUUUUGAAGGGUGGGUUGAAACCAAGUGCGCGUCUUGUAUUGAUGGCCGGGUCGACCCGAUACCACGACCCGUUACUGUAACCCCGCCGCCGCCGCCGGUGGUGGUUGCUGAGAGCAGCAGUAGUGGUAGUCCCGGCGAUGCUGCGGCGGCGCCGGUGCCGGAGACGGUGGAAACCAGGGAAGAAGAAGUAUCGAAUCAACAAAGUAAUUCACAUGAGCAUCACGAAAGAGCAGAUUCUUGAAAUGCUUUUUUUUUCUUUUUUGCUUUUUCACUUUUUAAUUUUUGAGUUCUUUUUUAAAAAAAAACUGUGGUUAAUGUUUUAAUGAAUUUGAGUAUUUUCUAAUGGUGGAAUUUUGGAAGUUAUAUAAAUAUUGUAGCAAUUCUUUCUAUAUCAAUACGUGAGGUUAAGGGUGAUUGUGCA